UGGGCACUUCUUUUUGUUUCAGAAUUUCCCACAUUAAAACAAUAGAAAGUUGAAUUAGUUAUAAUAAUUAGUAUUAUUAUUAUUAUUAUUAUUAAUACUAUUGCUAUUAUAACUAGUAUUAGAUCUUUUGAUCUAAAACAGACACACUUAAUCAAUUUUGUUCAUCCCACUUAGAACACAAAACAAAACAAAACAUUUUGAAGAAGAAGAAGGAAUAAAUCGGGAAACUGUCAGUGGAUUUUGAUCAUUUUUGCUCUUUGCCCGUCGUCUUUGGACUGUUGUAUGACUUUGAAGAGGAACAACAACAGAGGCAUCACUUGUUCUACAGGAAAUAAUUUUUUUUUAUAAACAAUGAUAUAUUUUUUUUCCUAUUCCAUUCUGAAGAGAAAAUAUCACUAAUAAAUUUAAUAAAAUUUCAAAUUUUAUCCACAUAUAUUUACAUUAAAAAAAUUGUUCACACAUUCCCAAUAAUACAAAAUCAUAAUAAUAAUUACAAAUGGCAUUCCCUCAGACUGGAGCUUCAGCCUUCUACACAAGUGCAAUAUGCUCACAGAAUUCUUCAUCGCCGACAAAUAUCCCUUUGAUGAAUGAGACAUCUUCUGCUGGCGAUAGAGUUUCGACAUGUGACUACGAUAAGAAACACAGUCAUCAUUGGGAGUAUGAAGAAUCGAAAUAUGACCUACGAGAGAAGCAUGGGCAAUUCUUUCCACUUCACAACACCUCUACUACUACCACUAGUAGUCUUCACCAAAAAUUGGAAAUACUAGGAAAAAGUUUUACUGAUAACCAUCAAACUUCAGAUAAUGUAAUGAGAACAAAUGAAGCUACAUCGUCAUCGACUUCAUCAACAAUAUCAUCUUACUAUCAGAAUCAUGUAGCCUAUAGCCAAUAUCUGCCUAAUAGUAAUAUCCUUAAACAGUCUAACCAAGAACAUAUCUCAAAUUCAUCCGUUUAUUUCAAGCCUAAUGAGUUAGGUUAUUUUAAACAGACAGAAUCAUCAGAGAAGAAUACACUUGUAAAAUCAAUAUCCCAACGCAUGUCCCCACCUUCAUCAUCAGUAUCGUCGUGUGCACAAACAGAAUGUCAGGUGGACAGUAACAAAUCUGAUAAAGGUGAUGAUAAUAAUAAUAAUAACAAUACCUUUAUUGUUAAUAGUGACAAGAUGUCACAUUCUCUUAGUAAAAUAGAAGAGAUUCCAAUGGAAUUUACAAAUUAUACGCCAUAUCUUAACAAGUUGUUUACAGCUAAAAUGUUAUUCAAUAAUUCUACAGAUCAAUCACAACGUCAACAAAAUUUCCCUGUUAAUGGUGAUCUAUCAAAUUACACAGGGAAUACAGAUCAUGCUUCUGAUCAUAACUCAUAUAUAAAUCGUACUGCAGACUUGAACUGUGUUUCCUCUGGAUUUUCAGGUAUGGUGAAUACCAUUGCGACUAGUAAUUCUAUUGCUACUGUUGCUACUACUAAUACUAAUAAUGUUGAACCUUGUAUUAGUAGUAAUAAUAGACUCACUAGUACUGACAAUCAGAAUUAUAGUUCUUUCAUCAUAGAUUAUGAGAAAUUCCAGCCAAAUGAUAAUAAACUUCUCUCUGAGGUGGGAAAGAAAUUAAAUGGUCUAGAGGAUAUCAAUAAUCCGUAUAGUCUAAAAAUGCCAGGGAAUAAUGCAUCCUUCCCAGUAUCAGUAUCAUCACCUCCAUCUGUACCUCCUAUACUGUCCUGUGAAAACAGCAUAACUCAUUCCGUUGAAGAGAAUUUAUCUGGUAAACUGAAAGCUUCACAUCUGUUAGUAAAUGAAAUUAAAAAUCCAAACAUUACAGUUUCAUGUAAUAACACUGUGUUAUCUACAACAAUAACAGCAACAACAACACCUUCAACAGCAAAUGUUUAUUCACAAAUUUUGAAUUCACCACAUCAUAGACAACAAUCAUAUUUACGAACAAAUCAUCAUGAAAUGUUAAGUAGUCAUCAACAUCAUCAACGGUUUCUUACUCAAAGUAAUUGUCCAACUAGCAAUAAUAAUAAUAACAAUAAUAAUCCUUAUCCAUUUUCAAGAGACUUACCACAACCACCAUCUUGGCGUAGACCCAAUCAUCGUCCUGGUCAUUUUCAUUCCCACCCUCCAGUUUAUUUACCUAAUGGACAUUUAAGACCUGUAAAUCAACACGGUCCAGGUUAUAUGGGAAGUUCACAUCAACACGCAUUCCCAUAUGGUUUGGAUGGUACAAGAAGAAAGAAUGCUACAAGAGAAAGUACUACAACACUGAAAGUUUGGUUACAAGAACAUAUGAAAAAUCCUUAUCCUACUAAAGGGGAAAAAAUAAUGCUUGCAAUCAUCACGAAAAUGACGUUAACUCAAGUAUCUACAUGGUUUGCCAAUGCUAGAAGACGUUUGAAAAAGGAGAAUAAAAUGAUUUGGCCACCAAAAUCAACUGGUAGUGGAAGUAUGGAGCAGAAGAGUCCAACAAAUCCGAAUUCAUCAAAUGAAUCAGGUAUAAAUUGUACUAAUACUAUAAAAUCAACAGAUUCAUUGAAAAUGAUUCAUAGCCACGAGAACACCGAAGAAAAAAAUCGUCACCGAUUCGAGACAGAUGACAGAGAUGGAUAUGAUGAUAGGCGAACGACUUCUGUUGAAGACAAUGAGACAAACGAUGAUCAACUGACAAAUGAGGAUGAUCAUGAUAAUGAAGAUGAUGAUGAUGCUGAAAAUGGUGACUUUGAUGAAGAUGACGCAGAGGAGCAGGGAGGCGAGGAGGGCGAGGAAGCCAUUGGAAAUGAUAUCGGCGAUUCAUUGUAUAGGCGUAAGGAAUUUGAACAAAAUGAUCUAAGCUUAUCUCAGUAUAAUCAUCUACCUCACUCAUCUUUCAUCUCUCAUGUUCACAAAGAUAUCUCAUCUUAUGAACAACAAACAAAAAACUAUUCAAAUAUUUUCUUAAACAGUUUAAGCUCUGAUUUUUCAGAAAAUUCUGGAAAAAUAUAUGACCAAUUCAGAUCUGAAGACUUGUCAUUUAAUCAUGUUAGCAAUCAGCUGAAUUCACACCUUACCUCUUCUUCACAAACCUUCUCACAAUACAACAAUUUAGCGAAUAAUCAAUUCACUGGUAUUAGUCAUAUUCCUCAGACAAAUAUCAGUCAAACGCCAAGUUAUUUUAAUUCAAUGCAUGAUUUUUGCACAGGUAACGAAUACUUUCCUUUUAAAACAGAUAACCUCACUGCUCCGACUACUACUACUUCUGUCAGUAACGACGACAGAACAGUGAACUCUCAAUUUCAUAAAUCUACUACCUCAAUGUUAUAUCCUACAAGUCGAACUCAUUCAGAUGGAGGUGAUGUUGUAAUGAAAUCGUUUAAUUCAUCAAAUAGUGGUUUUGAUGUAGCACUGAAUUCUUCAAUGAAACAGCGUGAAGUAUCCAACUCACCUGUUCAGUAUUUAAAUACUCUACAUUCAGAUUGUUCCAAUAAUGCGAAUAAUGCUAUCACUCAACGCUCCAACUUCUAUUCACCGCAUAGCAGUAGUACAUCACUCUCUGAUCAGCACCAGAAUCAUCAGCAUCAUGAACAUCCGGAUAAUUAUACACCAUCUACAGAUUGCGCAACAUUUUUGAGAACAAAGCCGUUUAUUGAUAAUAUCAUGUUGAAUACAAACUAUUUACAAUCGAACUUUUGUUAAAUACUUUAUACUUUCAGCAGUAAUUAAGUCAGUAAGUAUAUAUGCUUACAAAUAUACAGCAAGGAGGUGAGAGGUAGGGGAACAAAUAUGUUGUUACCUAACAAGGCAGAAAUCUUCUUUGUUGAUUAUGAUACACUGAUAUUUGUGUUUCUUGUAUUUGUAUUUCCUCCUUAUAUUAAUAUUACUAUAUUAUGACCUAGUUAAUCUUUAACUGGAUGUAUUUUGUAAAAUUACUAGAAGUUUGACAAGUCAAUUUACGCUGAAUUUUGCACAUUUAAACAACGACAACAACAACAACAAGAAUAAUAACAACAAUAAUGUUCAAGUGUUAAAUAGUUAAACUAUAUGCAUGAUAAAUGGAUAGAUGCAUGCAGAUUUUGUAUAAAUUUAGUUUUACCGCGUAAUUAUUCUUAUUAUUAUUAUUUAAACUCUGUUCAAUUGUCAAUAAUAUCUAUAAUACUUGUUAACUUUAUUAUGAGUAAUAAAUCGCCAAUAUAUAUAUAAUACCAGUAUAAGACUGAAAAAAUAUACC